AUGGCUACCCUCCGGGACUCAGAUGCCAUUCCUGAUGGAACCCCAGCAAACAAGCAGUCCCAAGUUCGGGAAUCGAGAAUACCAAUCAUAGAAUUAAUUGGGAUACAGCUCCCCUCAGCACCAGUUACUAUGACCUUGUUGGAUGCGUAUCUUCAAGCGAGUCAUUGGUACCUUUCCUUGUUCCACGAGCCAAGCUUUCGGGCUCGGCUCGUCACCAUUCUUCAAACAGAGGGCAUUCUCCCAUCAGAAAAGUCAUUCUUACUGUUGCUGCUGGCCGUCUUAAUUAUUGGAGCCCGUUUUUCCAAUCACGAAGCUCUACAUUCUCUGGAUCCACAGUUUAAUCCUCAGCAGUCCAGGGCAAUAUGGAUCGAGGCUAUGGAGAAUCAUAUAUUCUGGAUCCUACAGGAAGCUACCCUAGAAUCCGUUGCCUGUGCGGUUCUGAUGUCCAUUGCAUACCUUCUAGAACGCAAGACGCAGCUCUCCUUCACCAUGUCCGGAUUGGGAUCGCGAGCAGCGCAGGCGAUGAGCAUUCAUGACGAGACCACAUGGGGACACCUAGAUCCCAUUGAGGUACAGGUACGACGACGGGUUUGGUGGUCCAUCUACAUGGUUGAUGUGUACAUCGCACAAGCAUACGGGAAACCUUCAAUCCUCCCAACCGUGCAGUUCAACGUUUCCGAGCCGGAAGAUCUGGAUGAUACCCUAGCCACUUGCCCGGGGAUUGGGUCAUACGAAGUACGAGCAGAUGGCACGUUCAAGCCCGUGACGAUCUUCUCAUACAACCGCUACAAAGCACAGCUAUACUCGAUUGCCGACCCAACAGCACACAGCAUACGCCUACCUCAUAUCAAGCGCACCUAUUCCCGUCUACUAGAUUGGGAGAAGACCGUCCCGCGAGAACUCAAGCUUGACAACUUUUCGGAAGAUCGGAACAUGAUUAACAACGCUGCUUUGCGUGUCUUUUCCCUGCAAGCCCUAACGCUGCAGGUGACGUAUGACUAUAAACACUUGAUACUGUUUCGCCCGUUCCUUCUCAGUAAGAAAUACCUCAGUGUCCGAUUACAAGAUGGUCCGACCGAAACGCAAGAUGUAUCUGAUACCACAAUCCGUGACCAAUUAUUCACUUCUGCGUUACGCAUGUCUAGUAUCUGUCGAUGGCAAAAUAUCCUACUUAUGCUUGGGGAUACUACAUCUGCCGCUCAACUGUGUUUCCAGUGCUUCACGGCGGGCGUGGUGCUCGCGAUGCUGGCCUUGUCCGAACUCUCCUCCCCGCGACUGCCUGAAUGCAAGCAAGGUUUAGCCCGCCUGAUUAAAUCCCUGGAAGUGGCCGGUGCGGGUAGUCCGUUAUCCCGACAGAGUGUUGAUAUUUUGAUGGAAGCCAUGCAUCUCAUCUCAGCCGAGGAAGUCAAGGAGCUGGUCUCUAGGGCGGGGAAACCGGCGGAAGAUGUACGCAGUGUUUUACCAACAGAAACCUUAGUCACACGGUUGGCGGAUAGCCAUACGUCUGGCGAUAUACAUCGUGCGAUUCACCAGCCAGAUGGAGUACACGGACAAGAGAUGUGGGAGGGGCUGGACUUGAUGCCAGAUGAGAGCGAGCCAGAAAUACUGAACUCCAUCUCUCUGUAUCAAUCCCUUGCUUCUUUGUUCUAA